GCGAGCAUGCUCUUCAUAGUUGUCAGCCUCAGAAUUGGAUUUCUUGAAUAUAGUUAUAGUUUCGGAGCAAAUAAGAACUGGGAGGAACACGUUUAUGCCCCUACAUAGCUUCUUCGCUUCAGCUGAAAACGGGUGUUUAGAAGACCGUGCGCGAUUAGUCCAAUCGUUUUCGUGGCUUCUUUCAUUUUCGCAUGGAAUGCACCGUGGUGUCGGUGUAGUUUGAACACCGUUAAUUGUGCUUGCAGUUUAGCCCGUGGAUGUUACUGACGCGCACAAGUGGGGGACAUCGCAGAAGAUAAUCGCCGAAAAUAAAUUAAACAACGCAAUAACAGACACGUAUGUUUCUCUACAUGGAUUUCCGUCACUGAACAGCGGAAAACCACACAGACGAGCCCGUGUAAUUAAAGCUUGCAGCAGCAACGCGGACGGUAUUACAUUAUUGUUGCGAAGCAAUUUCUUCUCGAGAGACGCGCGUGGCGAGCGCUGAAGUGUGCUGGAGCCGAGAGCGGAUCGCCUGGAGCCGGACUCCUCGCUCCUCAGGACGAUGGUGUUAGAUAAGGAAGAGGGUGUGCCAAUGCUCUCUGUCCAGCCCAAAGGAAAACAGAAGGGAUGCGCCGGCUGCAACCGUAAGAUUAAAGACCGCUACCUGCUCAAGGCCCUGGACAAAUACUGGCAUGAAGACUGUCUCAAAUGUGCCUGCUGCGACUGCCGCCUGGGGGAGGUGGGCUCCACCCUCUACACUAAAGCCAAUCUCAUCCUCUGUCGCAGGGACUACCUGAGGCUCUUUGGUACGACGGGGAACUGUGCAGCCUGCAGUAAACUGAUCCCAGCCUUUGAAAUGGUGAUGAGGGCCAGAGAUAAUGUUUACCAUUUGGACUGUUUUGCCUGUCAGCUUUGUAACCAGAGGUUUUGCGUUGGUGAUAAAUUUUUCCUAAAGAAUAACAUGAUUCUGUGUCAGAUGGACUAUGAGGAGGGCCAGCUAAAUGGGAGCUUUGAGACACAAGUUCAAUAGCCAAUCAAACGAUGGCAGUGGUAGCUCUUGGUCCACACACACAUGCAUACACACGCUUAUGUGCGAUGGAUGUUCUGCUGCACUUAGAGAGAAGAGCAUCUGUCUGCUUGCCUGCAAUACUUUUUACAGUAAAAGCCCUAUUGGUCCCUGAGGACUCCAUUGUAAAUGUACUACUUUUGGCCCUUCCUGUCCCCAACACUAAGCAGUUACACGUUUUGAUGUACAGUUGUGCCUGCUUAGAUGUGCACUGUAUUGUCUGUAUGGUUUUUGUGAUUUGGUCUUUCUCUUACUUUCUCUUUCCAACUCUCUCUUGUUCUCUCUAAUGCUUCUCUGAGAGUAUGUACAGUCUGUUUAUAAACUGGAACAUUUAUUUUAUGAAACUGUAAUGCAAUUUUAU